UUAGUUGAGUUGUGAAAGUUUUAAUUUAAUUUAGAUUACAUCGACAAAACUGUGAAUAUAAAAAGUAGGUCUUUAAGGUACAUGUGAAUGUGAACAUUACAUCAGACUUUUAGAAUUUUGCAAGUACAGCACUCUUCUUUUCAUACUAAUUGAUUUCGUCAUUCGUUCAACAACUACCUGUAGAAGGAUUAAGCAAGAAUGAGACUCGAGAAAAUCUGUUGUGCUCGACACACCAGUGCUUAAACAUUCUUUGACCAGUACAGUAGGUACUUUGGCUACUGUUUGAACUACACAUUGAUCAAUUAAUUAUUUGAACUAUACUGUGUUCUUUUGCAGAUUAUUAUGUAUUUCACUUAUUCUGUGUAUCUAUUUAUAUUAACGGCAUGUACAUUUGUGCAUGCCAUCGAAGAUUACGUGAUAUCGGAAAGUGCUACCAGUAAUGAAUUAACGACUGAAAUCUAUCUGCCUUCGACUCCUCCACCUCCAUCUACUGACACAAUCACAACUUCAACAACUACAACUACAGCAGCUACUGCUAUUGGGUGCUCCUGUGGAGUAUUUUUAAGUGGUCAAUUCAACAAGGGAACCAAGGAGCAGCCUAAAGAAAAUCCAUCCCUUCUUCUCGAGCAACCUGAAAAAUUUCCAUGUACAAACGCCGGCAACAAAUUGUGCAUGCACAAAUGCUUGGAAAAUAUCGUAAAAUACUUACCCAAAAGUUCAAGCAUCUUGUGUGCGUCUAUAGAUAGAAACUGUUUUAAAGAAAAAGCACAUUUGUUCAUUAGAAACUGCAAGAAUGAAUGGAUCAACACGAAUCUGUCUGCCGGACGUGAAUACUGCUGCAAAGAUGGCAAUUCAUACAAGUGUCCUCACGUAUAAGCCGAGUCCUGUCUAUCUAGAACACAUAUUAUUAUUUUUUAUACUAAACUUGUGGAAGUAAGGUUCGAUGAAGAAAAAAAAAAUGAAAUAA